AUGUCUGCAUCUGCUCGUCCGUUGAGGGAACGUGUUCGUAAGCACUAUGAUUAUCUCAUCAACGAACUGAUGGUGUCGUCUUACGUGAACGUUCUCUUCCAAGAGAAAGUGCUUUCUAGUGAAGAGAAGGAGCGUCUGUCUGCACGAGGCGGUCGGCAAGAACGGGCACAGGAUUUUGUAGACACGCUCAUGCACAAAUCUGAAUCAAGUAUUCACAAAUUCUUUCAUAUUGUCAGAGUGCACGAAGACAAGCAGCCGCACAUCUACUAUGAUGUCUUUCCUCAACACAAAGCAAACGAGAUGCAAGCGCAACGUUCGGUUGCUGCAGCUUCUCUUGCUGCUCUCGAGACAGAGACGCAAGGUUGUGGGUCAUCGAAGGCUCAGCUGUUUGAUUUGUGUGACAUUGUGGGUGAGAAGUGGCGUGAUUUGGCCGAUCGUCUCAACAUGAGCAGAUAUGAUGUUGAGAUGAUAGAACUGGAGGUUCAUACAAAGAAGGAACGAGCAUUUAUGAUGCUAUGCAAAUGGCAGUCGAUGGUAGGAGACAAUGCAACUGUAGAGAAGGUAAAAGCUGAACUAAAAGAGAUUGAAGAGCAGAAGAAGGAAGAAGCCAUUGCAAGUAUAGUGUUUCCCAAUGAGCUAAUGGAAGAAAAGCAAUUUUGUGGUCGCAAGAAAGAGUUGACAAUUUUGUCCAACACAAUGUGGGGAGAAAAGGCUCCACAAGUGUCUACGUCGUUGAAAUUCUGCUGUGUGGUGUAA